AUGACGGAAUGGGGAAAGGGGACGGAGGAGGAAGAGGGGGAGAUGGAGGCGGAGGAGGAGGCGGAGGUGGGGGAGAGGGUAGCGGAGACAACGGAGAUUGCGGAGGACAAGGUGGCAAUGCUGUACGCUGUGGGGUUAGGCAAGCUCCAUCCCAGCAGCAGCGGCGGUCAACUGGUUGGGCUGGGAAAAGGUGCCAUCCCAGCAGCAGCAGCUGUCAACUGGGUGCUAAAGGACGGGCUGGGCUAUGCAGCCAAGGCAAUGCUGUACGCAGUUGGCCUGGGGAAGGACGCCAUCCCAGCAGCAGCAGCGGUCAAUUGGGUGCUAAAGGACGGGCUGGGCUACGCAGCCAAGGCAAUGCUGUACGCGGUGGGGCUGGGAAAAGGCGCCAUCCCAGCAGCAGCAGCAGUCAACUGGGUGUUAAAGGACGGACAGGGCUAUGCCGCCAAGGCAAUGCUGUACGCGGUGGGGCUGGGCAAGGGCGCCAUCCCAGCAGCAGCAGCAGUCAACUGGGUGCUGAAAGAUGGUCUUGGCUACGCGGCAAAAGUCACGCUCUCCCAGUUUGGCCGCCAUUUCGACGUCUCCCCCAAGCGCUGGCGCCUCACGGCUGACCUCGUCGAGAAUCUCUCCGCUUCCCUCGAGCUCCUCACAGCCACCUUCCCGCAGUAUUUUGUUCAGCUCGCCGCUGCGGCUGGGGCGGGGUUUUCUGCUUCCAGCCUCGUGCAGAGCGCUACGAGAAACCGGUUUUACGCUGGGCUGGCGGGCAGAAGAAACUUUGCCGAGGUACUGGCGCGCGCAGAGGCACAGGGCAUGGUGAGCAAGACAUUGGGCAUGGCACUAGGCAUCGCCAUAGCUCCACAUGUCGGCACGAGGGGUCCUCUGCUCUGGGCAACACACGCCAUGCUAUCCGCCAUGCACCUGUUCUGCAACUACCGCUCGUACAAGGCCGUACAACUGAGGACGCUCAACCCUUUUAGAGCAGACAUUGUCCUGGCAGAGUACGUGACCAAUGGCAGGGUGCCAGGUGUCAUUGACGUCAAUUCACAGGAGCCCAUUUUACCGCCCCUCAAAACAAUAUUUUCGCCCAAGGCGUUGCCUCCACCUGUCCCAGGCACAGGGAGUGAGAAUUGGAUCGAGUUCGGGGUGCCCUUGGCUGCAGUGGCGCACACAGAGCGGGAGGCAGAGACGAUGGCGGAGAUAUUCCGAGGGGAGAAGUACCUGCUUGGAAGGGACGAGCGAACAGGACAGAUGCAGCGGGAGGCAGAGACGAUGGCGGAGCUAUUCCGAGGAGAGAAGUACCUUCUGGGAAGGGACGAGCGAACGGGGCAGAUGCAGGUGCGUUUUCUGCUGCGCGUGCUUGUGUUCUGA